AUGUUUACUCCACUGCUAGUUCGACGAGUUGUUUGUGCUCGUUGCUAUUCGCUACCGUCCAGUUCAAAAAGGCACGUUUUCUUGAGAAACGUCACGACUGUGGAGACGAAACGCGCAUCGGUCAAGUUAAAAAAUGCUACAUUCAAAGACCUGAAGGAAAUAUUCGCCUUAGCUGGGCCCUAUAAAUGGAGAAUUCUCUUGGGCCUGUCAUUUCUCGGCAUAAGCAGUUCAAUAUUCCUGUUAACGCCUAGAGUGUUAGGAAAACUAAUAGAUGAAUUUGAUGAAGCGAAGAGAUCCAGGCCAGGACACGAGGAUCUGUCUCUACGGAUAGCCAAGUUUCUCAAGGAUAAUCCUAUUGCGUUGGUUGGACUCCUGUUUCUUGGUGGCGCCGCUAUAGCCGCAAGGGUGUACUGCAUGCACACCGCCGGCAUGUUAACUUUUUGUAGUCAGCUCAUCAUCAAUGAUCUUCGUAAGAAUGUUUUCAACUCUGUUUUGCGGCAAGAUAUUGCAUUUUUUGAUAAAAACAAAGUGGGCGAAAUCGUGUCUCGUCUAUCAACCGACGCGCUUAUUGUCGGAUACUCUGUUUCAAUGAAUUUGAGUGAUGGUGCAAGAGCUCUUCUAACUUGUUUGGGUUCAGGCGGUCUUAUGAUUUAUACAUCUCCCGCUCUUUGCCAAGUGAUGUUUGUUGUGAUUCCGAUAAUGGUCGGAACCUUUGCAGUUUUUGGUAAAUUGCAACGCAAGUACACCCUACAAAUGCAGGAGGCGGUUGCUGAGGCUAAUCAGGUUGCGACAGAACGAUUGACGAAUAUCCGCACAGUUAGGAUGUUGGUUGCUGAAAAGAAGGAAUUGGCGGCGUACGGCAGUAAAAUCUAUGACAUUUGGAUGAUAUCAAGGAAAGAAGGUUUGGCUCGUGGUGCCAUGUACGGAUCGUUUCAAUUCACCGGAUAUGUUGCACUCUCAACGGUUUUAUUCUAUGGAAGUAACCUUAUUAGUAAAGGGCUACUGACUUACGGUGAUUUGUCAUCGUUCUGCCUCUACGCUGUUCUUUGUGCAGCAAGUUUGUCAAACAUAUCUGGUUUCUUCAUUGAAAUCAUGAAGGGUUUGGGCGCUAGUUCUAGGCUAUUUGAGCUGCGUAAUACGGAACCACGUAUUCCUUUGGAAGGAGGCAAAAAGAAGGGAAAUGUAGAAAAUGCUAUUAGGCAAGUGACAGUAUUCUUUUUUAUUCUGAAUGUCAAUAGAGUUUUAUAUAGAUUUGAACGGGUGGCGUUCGGGUAUCCAGGACGAGAUCCUCUCUUUCACAAUAUUUCUUUCACUGUUCCGGCUGGUCACAUCACAGCAGUCGUCGGGCCGUCCGGUAGCGGGAAGUCGACUAUUGCAAAUCUUUUGCUCAGGCUGUACGAUCCGGACCGUGGUCGCAUCAUGAUUGAUGAUGUUGAUUUGAAGGAAACUGAUCCCUCCUACUGGCGACGACAAAUUGGAACUGUAGGACAGGAACCAAUAUUGUUUUCAACGACCAUUCGAGAAAAUAUACUUUAUGGUGCACAAAAUCCUGAGGAGAUCACAGACGCUCAGAUAGAGGAGGCUGCAGAGCAAUCGAAUGCCCUGCACUUUAUCCAAGCGUUUCCGGAAAAAUUCGAGACUUUGGUUGGUGAACAAGGGUCAAUGUUAAGUGGUGGCCAGAAGCAACGAAUUGCAAUUGCCAGAGCGCUGAUCACUAACCCACGUAUCCUAAUCCUCGAUGAAGCAACGAGCGCUUUAGACGCCUCUUCAGAGUAUUUGGUCAGAAAAGCUCUCAAUCGGUUGCUGGAAAACAGCCAACAAACCGUGCUUAUCAUUGCUCACAGGUUGUCUACAAUUAAACAUGCUGACCAAAUCGUGGUUUUGGACAGAGGAAGUGUAGCAGAGCAGGGCAGUUUUGAUUAUCUUAUGGAGAUAGAAGACGGAAUAUUCAAGAAACUGGUUGAGAAACAAGCUAUCGGUUGGAAAGAUGAGAGCUACUGA